AUGUGCUACAUCUUUUCCACGUCGCAUGUGGCAUGCAGACACAAGCAGUACCAGAACACAUUUGCAUGUAGCAUUGCUCGCGGCAUCGAAUCUCAUCUGGACUGCACCUUGGAGAAGACGGUAUUUCUGCCAGACACGGCAAACCCGCCACCACACCCGCUAUCCGGAGACAGCAAGGGACCUUGCCAGAAGAGAUAUCCCGUACGAACCGUCAACGGCUAUUGCAACACCUGCAAGAGGUCCAAUACUAAGAAGACCGCGUCCGGGAAAGGCGAUCAGGCCGUCACAAGCGACGAGGGGUACGAGAUGGCUCAGACCCCGGGCGAGAUGAUCCGCCAAAUCGAGUCAGAUUUAGGCGAUCUAUCCAGUUAG